AUGCCGCGCGCAGAAAGCCGCCAUAUUGUUGUCCGACCUUUGGAGCAUGGGUCGGACAAAAGUACCAAUUUCGGCGCCGUAAUUACAGGGGUAGACCUGAAUGACCUAGACGACAAGUCAUUUGCGGUACUGAGAGAAGCAGUCUAUACACACAGUGUCGUUGUCAUCGAGGGCCAGGAGAAUCUUCUCCCUGCGAACCAGUUUGGCUUUGUGCAGCGGUUUGACCCAGAUGCUAGCCCUCAGCACGGCUUCGGGUAUGGCAAAUCCACAAAGGAACUCGGCAAGCUGGGGAAAAAGCCGUUCCAUGUGAUUCCGCACUCCCUCGGAGGCGUGACUCUCGUGGGCAACGGCUACCAGGGUCCAGAUCACUAUGGUCUUCGAGAGGUAACGCUCGACGCUGUCAGUCACGUCGAUUUCCACGCGGACCCCUUGCCCCGGGAGCGACUGGGCCACGGCGAGACACGAUUUAACACGUUCCAUUUCGACGGCAUCAUCUACGGAUCCCACCCGUCACGAGUCACGACUUUCCGAUGCGUGAAGGCGCCCAAGGGACCGGACGUGACGGUUCGAUUCGACGAUGGCACGGGCCGGACCAUCCAGUGUGCUCCCGGCAGCACCGCCUUCAUCAGCAGCUCUCAAUUGUACGAUUGCUUGACCGCGGAAGAAAAAGCCACGGUGGACAACAGCUUUUGGGAGCCGGCGCCGCAUCCGUUUGCCUGGUCAGGGACUCGAGGGCAGCGGUCCACUGGAUUGGGAGUUAACCCCGGAAGAAGUGGUGGAAACACCGUCCCGCUUGACCAACUUCCUCCAUGGGAAUCCCACAAGGUUCACAAAUAUCCCAUGGUGUGGAUCAACCCCGUCACAGGGGCGAAGGGGUUGCAGCUGAUGCCCGACAUCGUCCUCCGGCUGCAUCUGAAGCACAGCCCCGACCCUGACGGCGAAACCCGGGUGGUGGAAGACCAGGAGGAAAUCCACGCCUGGCUCAAUCCAAUCUACGACCGGUUCUUUGGCCCCGAGUAUAUCUUGAUCCCACCGUGUCAAGAAGGCAGCAUGGUCGUAUGGAACAACUGGGUGGGUGCUGGCAACCGCGAAACAGGGCUGCGAACGGUCCAUGAGAUGGAUACCUUGUUGAUUCGGAUACCUUACUGA